UGAAUUUGCAUUGUCACGGUCACACUAACUGACAGCUGGCGGACUAUUUAUCAAUUUUUUCUAUGUAAACGUAAUUCAACAAAUUGCAUUAUCUGGCAGAAUGGAUGCAAAAUUAGAUAUGUUCGAAGAUGUGAGCACAUCGCCAACAUAUUCGCUAGAGGGCGACAUGUCCAUACCAGGCCGCAGGACAACAACUAAGCCUACAGAGAACGGAGUACCCGAUUACAAUACUCUAGAUGAACCUAUUAGUGAGACUGUGCUGCGGGAUAUACGGGCUGUAGGCGUUAAGUUCUAUCAUGUUCUCUACCCCAAGGAAAAGUCAAGUCUUUUGCGUGAUUGGGAUCUGUGGGGACCUCUCGUGUUGUGCACCUUCAUGGCCACCGUAUUGCAGGGUUCAUACUCAGCGGACAGCAUGGCCGAUAAUGGACCAGAAUUUGCCCAAGUCUUUGUGAUUGUUUGGAUAGGAGCAGCUGUUGUUACUCUAAAUUCCAAACUGUUGGGUGGCAAUAUAUCCUUCUUCCAGUCUGUGUGCGUUUUAGGCUAUUGCCUAACUCCGGUGGCCAUCGCUUUGAUUGUUUGUCGUGUGAUCUUGUUAGCCCAAACGACACGUUUGCUAUUCUUCUUGCGUUUUGUGACCACCACUGUGGGUUUUGCUUGGGCUACAUACGCUUCGUUUGUUUUUCUGGGUCAAAGUCAACCGCCGCAUCGUAAACCCUUAGCUGUCUAUCCAAUUUUUCUAUUUUUCUUUGUCAUUUCUUGGCUGGUUUUAUCUCAUAACUAGUCGUUGACUAAUUAAUUUAUAAGUAAACUGUGCACGUUCCCUUAAAUGUAAUUUAAACAAACAAACAAAACAACAGAAACGAAUUAAGAAACUUAAGAAUCCAAAUUAA